UGGGGAUAAAACGAGGCGCAGAGAGCAGGCUGGGGCAGUCCUCCCCGAGAUGGCGGGUCUGACAGCGGCAGUCCCGCAGCCUGGCGUCUUGCUGAUCCUCUUGCUCAACCUCCUCCAUCCCGCGCAGCCUGGAGGGGUUCCAGGAGCUGUGCCUGGUGGAGUUCCUGGCGGACUUCCUGGUGGAGUUCCCGGUGGAGUCUAUUAUCCAGGAGCUGGUAUCGGAGGAGGCCUGGGAGGAGGAGCUCUGGGACCUGGAGGAAAACCGCCUAAGCCAGGUGCCGGACUUCUGGGAGCGUUUGGAGCAGGUCCUGGAGGACUUGGAGGUGCUGGCCCCGGGGCAGGUCUCUCCUAUGCUUCAAGGCCAGGUGGUGUUCUGGUGCCUGGGGGAGGAGCAGGGGCUGCAGCAGCUUAUAAAGCCGCGGCCAAAGCUGGGGCUGGGCUUGGAGGCAUUGGCGGAGUUCCAGGGGGUGUUGGAGUUGGUGGAGUUCCUGGGGCUGUUGGAGUUGGCGGAGUUCCUGGGGCUGUCGGUGGUAUUGGUGGCAUCGGUGGCUUAGGAGUCUCAACAGGUGCUGUGGUGCCUCAACUUGGAGCUGGAGUCGGAGCCGGAGGAAAGCCUGGGAAAGUUCCUGGUGUCGGUCUUCCAGGUGUAUACCCAGGUGGAGUGCUCCCAGGAACAGGAGCUCGGUUCCCUGGUGUGGGAGUGCUCCCUGGAGUUCCCACUGGCACAGGAGUCAAGGCCAAGGUUCCGGGUGGAGGAGGUGGUGCUUUUUCUGGAAUCCCAGGGGUCGGGCCCUUUGGGGGUCAGCAGCCUGGUGUCCCACUGGGUUAUCCCAUCAAAGCGCCAAAGCUGCCAGGUGGCUAUGGACUGCCCUAUACCAAUGGGAAACUGCCCUAUGGAGUGGCUGGUGCAGGGGGCAAAGCUGGCUACCCAACAGGGACAGGGGUCGGGUCCCAGGCAGCAGUGGCAGCAGCUAAAGCAGCGAAGUAUGCAGGUGCUGGAGGAGGUGGAGUCCUCCCUGGUGUUGGAGGGGGUGGCAUUCCUGGUGGUGCUGGCGCAAUUCCUGGGAUUGGAGGCAUUACAGGCGCUGGAACUCCCGCAGCAGCUGCUGCUGCAAAGGCUGCCGCUAAGGCUGCUAAGUAUGGAGCUGCUGGAGGCUUAGUGCCUGGUGGACCAGGAGUUAGGGUCCCAGGUGCUGGAAUCCCAGGUGUUGGGAUCCCAGGUGUCGGUGGCAUUCCAGGUGUUGGUGGCAUUCCAGGUGUUGGUGGCAUCCCAGGUGUUGGGGGCCCUGGUAUCGGAGGUCCAGGCAUUGUGGGUGGACCAGGGGCUGUGUCACCAGCUGCAGCUGCCAAAGCUGCUGCCAAAGCUGCCAAGUAUGGAGCCAGAGGUGGAGUUGGCAUCCCGACAUACGGGGUUGGUGCUGGUGGCUUUCCUGGCUAUGGUGUUGGAGCUGGAGCUGGACUUGGAGGUGCAAGCCAAGCUGCUGCUGCCGCUGCCGCUGCCAAAGCUGCCAAGUACGGUGCCGGAGGAGCUGGAACCCUGGGAGGCCUGGUGCCAGGUGCAGUACCAGGUGCACUGCCAGGUGCAGUACCAGGUGCACUGCCAGGUGCAGUACCAGGUGCACUGCCAGGUGCAGUGCCAGGUGUGCCGGGCACUGGUGGAGUGCCAGGAGCAGGUACCCCUGCGGCUGCAGCUGCUGCCGCCGCUGCCAAGGCAGCCGCCAAGGCAGGCCAGUAUGGUUUGGGCCCUGGUGUUGGUGGCGUUCCCGGUGGAGUUGGUGUUGGUGGGCUUCCCGGUGGAGUUGGCCCUGGUGGUGUUACUGGUAUUGGAACUGGUCCUGGCACCGGCCUUGUACCUGGUGAUCUUGGAGGAGCAGGGACACCAGCUGCUGCCAAAUCUGCUGCUAAGGCGGCUGCCAAAGCCCAGUACAGGGCUGCUGCUGGGCUUGGGGCCGGUGUCCCUGGACUUGGGGUUGGUGCUGGUGUCCCCGGAUUUGGGGCUGGUGCUGGUGGAUUUGGGGCUGGUGCUGGUGUCCCUGGAUUUGGAGCUGGAGCAGUUCCUGGAUCCCUGGCUGCAUCCAAAGCUGCUAAAUACGGAGCAGCAGGUGGCCUUGGAGGGCCUGGAGGACUUGGUGGGCCUGGAGGACUUGGUGGGCCCGGAGGACUUGGUGGGCCUGGAGGACUCGGUGGGCCUGGAGGACUCGGUGGUGUUCCUGGUGGAGUAGCAGGAGGUGCACCUGCUGCUGCUGCUGCUGCCAAAGCUGCCGCUAAGGCUGCCCAGUACGGUCUUGGUGGAGCUGGAGGACUCGGGGCCGGUGGACUGGGAGCCGGAGGACUGGGGGCCGGUGGACUGGGAGCCGGAGGACUGGGAGCUGGUGGACUGGGGGCUGGGGGAGUGAUCCCUGGUGCUGUAGGCCUUGGAGGUGUGUCCCCUGCUGCAGCUGCUAAGGCUGCCAAAUAUGGUGCUGCUGGCCUUGGAGGUGUCCUAGGAGCCAGGCCAUUCCCAGGCGGAGGAGUGGCAGCAAGACCUGGGUUUGGACUUUCUCCUAUCUACCCAGGUGGUGGUGCUGGGGGCCUGGGAGUUGGUGGAAAACCCCCGAAGCCCUAUGGAGGAGCCCUUGGAGCCCUGGGAUAUCAAGGUGGGGGCUGCUUUGGGAAAUCUUGUGGCCGGAAGAGAAAGUGAUCUUCUGGGGACCCCUGACUCGCGACCUCAUCAACGUUGGUGCUACUGCUUGGUGGAGAAUGUAAACCUUCUAUGACCACCCCCCCUACUCCAUCCCCCCGACCCCCACCUGGGAGGGGACAACAGGCCAGUGGCCUUGGAAAACCCACAGGACAAGGAAAUCAGACAGCAGCAGCCACGUACCCCUAACUAGAAACCCCCCCACAUAUCAGAGGCCAGGGCGGGUGUCCCAUCUCUUCCCACCCAGGAGCUCCCCCACACAGUAUCCAUCUCCAAGAGAAAUUGGUGCUACAUGUUGGUGCUUCUUCUUUGUGGGGGGAGGGAGGAGGGAAGGGUAUCCCAGGAGGGACUCCCCCUUCCCUGAAGCCCCUCUAUUAAGAUGGUGCACACCUUCGCUGGGCAGUCCUGCCUCCCCCUGCCCACCAGGAGCCAUUCCUGGCUGCAUCCCAUUGGUACCCAAGUACCAGAAGCCUCGACAUUAGAUUUGGUAACACGAUCCCUCUCUCUCUUUGGGUCCCCUGUCCCUGACUCCCAUUAACAAUAGCUACUUCCCACACCUGGGACACCUUGAAGUCCGACGACUUCUCACACUGGGAAUAGCUCCCUUGUUCUUGUGGAAUCCACCUGCCAACCACCCAUCCACGGACUCAUCCAUCCUUCCAUCCGUCAUCCAUCCAUCCGUCCGUCCGUCCGUCCUGACUGCCUAGUGCCACUGUCUGGCUAGGCACACCCACUAUCAACCUGGUUCACCUGUCAUGGCAGCCUGUACCCACCCCCGCCACACACCCCGACGCUGGCCUAGGGUGCAAAGGGUUGUGCGGGCUGGUCCUUCCCACAUGCAGUACUGUAAUCCCCGUCCCUCCUGGAGCCACUCUAUUACAGAGCAUGUCUCACCAACCCCACCUCUUUGUGUUUCGCUGUGAUAGAUCAAUAAAAUAUUUUAUUUUUUGUCCUGGA